UGGGUGUAGACUCCGCCCAUAACGCAACGCAACCGGGGGAACCUCCGAGAGAAGAAGCCAAACAAUGGGCCACUGAAUUAUCUCGAGAAAAUACAGUCGGCCUUUACAGCGGAGCAGCUUUAACCCCGCGGGGGUUGUUGGAUCAGGUUUACAGCUUUCCACACACUGAAGGGCGGAAGGAUCGGCGGCGGUUUGGAGGAGUUAUCCGGCUGAUUUUGCUGUAUUAUUAAUGCCCGAGCGUCCCUAUGAUAAAGCAGGACGCAGGCUGAUAAACAGGCGCUCAGUGUUUCUCACUUCCCUGCCAUCUGGAUCACCAAACGACACAUCUGAGGCGCUUUCACCGCCGACUGGUUUGAUAACGUCUGUCGUUUAACCGACUGGAGUCGUUACCGUGGCUGUCGAGUACUUUGAGAGCGUUGUGAGAAGCACUGGACUGGACUACAGUGGACUGGACUGGAUUGGAUUAGAGACUGGACUGAAGUGGAGCAGAGUGGAGAAGGACUCAGCCACCGUGUGCACUGGUGAUCUGCAGGUGUUGUGAAUAAUUGAGGUGUAAGAUGAGCUCAGAGGAGGCCACAGCUCCAGCCAAAGCAGCCAGCGAUGACGACGGCAUGUCAUGGUGGUACCGGUGGAUCUGCAAAAUUGCUGCUGUCCUGGGUGGCAUCUCGUGUGCGGUGAUGGGGGUUUGGAACUGUGUGACGGUGCACCCCUUAAAUAUCGCCGCAGGAGUCUGGAUGGUGUUGACGGCGUGUGUGCUGUUUAUCUGCGAGGUGCCGUUCUGCUGUCAGUUCGUGGAGUUUGCGAACGCGGUGGCGGACCGGGCGGACCGCAUGCGGCCCUGGCAGAAAGCGCUGCUCUACUGUGGGAUGGCCCUCAUCCCCAUCUUUCUGAGUCUCACCCUGACCACUCUGUUUGGGAACGCCAUCGCCUUCGCCACAGGAGUGCUCUACGGACUCGCGUCCCUUGGCAAAAAGGGCGAUGCGGUCAGCUACGCCCGGCUGCAGCACCAGAAACAGGCUGACGAAGAGAAACUGGCCGGCACGACAGACGGCACAGCCCCAUGACCCCUCCUCCCGCCUCCUCCUCCUCCGUUAUCCCUCGCUCUUCUACCUCUCCCACCCCUCCCUCCAUCUCCCUGAGACUCCUGCUCUCCUGCGUUCAGUGAUUGUGAUUUUAUUUCUGUGGAAUUCCCUUUUUUCUUCUUUUUAAACAUCAGGGUUGAGCUCCGUGUCCGA